GGCAGGUCAACCGCAAACGCUUUUCAACAACAAACCACUUUCACCAUGACCACUUGACCAAACACGAAUACUUGAUACCUCAAAUUCAAGAGAAACGCCUUCUUCAGCUUCUCGCACCUUUUUCAAGUGCGAAAUCGCAUUCGAUCGCUCACGAUGCCGAAAGCAAUUGGUUAUACGCCAGCAUGGCUGUCGAAGCCCAAUCCUGGAUAUAAAAUCUUUAAUGGGGCGCCUUCAGCUGCAAACGCAAGUUAUAGCUCGACGAGCGCGAACACGAGUCGGAAGAGAGUAUCUAAACCUGGACCGAGACGGACUAUUGCGCGGAGAGGAACGGAGAUCUUCACGGCUGUUGGGAAGGAAAUUCGAUGGGCGGAUUUGGUGUAUCUGAAGGAAGCUUGGGAGAGUAAACAGCCUAAGGAGAGGAGAUCGAGAAGGCAGUUGGAGGAGGAUGAGGAGGAUGAGGAAUCUCAGUAUGAUGGGGAUCAUGCUCAGGGAUAUAGAGUGAGUCUUUGCUAGGGCAUGUUUUUGGUGGUUUGGGACUGAUUGAGUUUCUAGACUUUGAAGACUCCUGUGGCUGAUGAUAUACGACAAAUUAUCAUCUCUCCACAUUCUAAUUACCUCGCGAUACUUACGACGCAUACGGUCCACAUUGGGGUCCUUCCUGAAUCUUCGCAUCUUACUGCUCCAGAUACGGCGCCUAUGAAGUUGAAGACUUACACGCUGGGUCCUACAACACAUGUGACUUCACAAUCUGGAAUCGCGAGCGCGUUAUGGCAUCCCUUGGGAGUUCAAGGCCAAUGUUUGGUUACGGUGACGGAAGAUGCGAUUGUAAGAGUCUGGGAACUUACGAUCGGAAACCAUUCCUCAUUUGAUAAACCAACACUCUCGAUCGACUUGAAGAAACUUGCCGAUGGUACCUCCUUGGAUCAGGACUUUGGAGCUUCCGUGUCAGGACAAAGUAAGGGUUUCACACCAGAUUCGAUUGAGAUGGAAGUAGCAUCAGCUUGCUUUGCUGGUCGAAACAGUGGAGGUUGGUCACCUAUGACAUUAUGGGUUGCCAUGAAGGAAGGAGAUGUUUACGCCCUCUGCCCUCUCCUACCGGAGAGAUGGUCCCCGCCAGCUACUUUGAUUCCAUCAUUGUCGAUUUCGGUUAUUGCAAAAGCGGCUACUAUGGAGGGUCAACUAAAUGUUUCGCAACAGCAAAGUCGACUUGCUCAACAACAGAUUGCUUGGAUGGGAGAUUUGGAUAAUCAAGAGCCUAUUUACCAAGAAUAUGGUUCAGGGGAACCACAUGUCGAGGUUUAUAUUAGACCAGCCAAACCUGGAAAAGUACCGAAGCUUCAAGGACCUUUUGAGUUUGAGCUUGCUCCUGAGGAGUCAGAGGAUGGUCUAGAUGAUAUGUUGACUGAUAUUUUUGUUAUUGGUCCAAAGAUUGAUUCUGAAGAGUUGAUGAGUGGAGAGGAAGAUGACUUGGAAUUGCCGGGUAUUGAUGAGGAGGGUGGCCUCUCGGUUGGUGUUGUUUGUUUGUUGAGACCUAGUGGUCGUCUCUGCAUUUGCCUUGAUCUGGAUGGUGUUGAGGCUCAAUGGCUGCCAAAAUCCAAAUCAAAGGCUCUGAGAAUUCUCGAUGAGGCAGAUCCUCCGGAGCUUUUGACUUUCCAGGUUCUGGAUACACUUAAAAGCGAAGAGAUGUGGGAUGGAAACUGGCCAAUGUUUAGUCAGGAUGUCAAUUCUGGGUAUUCAUUAUUUGUCACCAACACCUCGACCGUUACGUUCAUAUCACUCUCACCAUGGGUAUUCCGUCUAGAGACAGAGUUGAGUGGUGAAGCAGCUGGUGGAGAAUUUAGACUCGAUGUUCUAGUGAAAGGACAGAGCACGCUACGUGAGCGGGUAUACACAGGAAAGGCGAAGCCCAACGAUCACACACUAUCUCUAGCUGCAAGUACCGUAAUUUGCGAUCCAGAUCUAGGCUACUUUCUUCUCACAGCCACUCAAUACGGACCUCAAUCCAUCUCUUUCGAACUUCCCGAAGUCGAGGAUUACAACCCGAUUCAAAGAUCUUGCUCCAACACCUACGAAUCAGAACCCGAUAAACCACUAAUCCUCUGCGAACCCCGUCCUGUUUACCAAGCACCCCACGAACUCGAACAACCAUCCAAACUCCCAGACCUCCUCAAGAACCUGAGACACAGUCCUCAUAAACGUAUUCUCAAAGAGAAUGUGAGAUUAUCGAAAGCUACCUUCCAAAUCAUGAACGAAGCACACAUUAUCCUAGGGGAUGAAACGCACCAUAUUGGUGUAGCAGCCGCAGAGCUCUUCCGUCGGUGUGAACUCUUGCAAAUCGAUUUACAAAGCCAGAUCAAGAAAGCUCAUGAUGUUGCGCAACGCGUGGAAGCUAUCGCUGGAGAAGAAGAUGAGGAAGGGACGGGGACCAUUAGCACAGACGAAGCGAUUGACACGAGAAUUAUGCGGGCGAAGGGGAGACAAAAGGAACUUACCGAACGCGUCGAGAGACUCAAAAAGAAAGUCUUGAAAGGCACAGCAGGGAAGGAAUUAACGCCCCGCGAGAGGGAAUGGGUUGACGAGAUCCGCAAGUACGAAUGGAAGGUCCUCGGGGAAGGCGAGCCGGUGAGCGUAAGUGUCGGUGGACGACGAGAGGUUGCCCGCGAGCCCUUUGAGCGCUUCAAGGAAGUCCAGGAGCUGGAGAAGGUUAUUCUGGAGGAUGUGAAGGCGCUGGCGGGUGCGCUGGUCCCGAGCACGCCGGGUAAUGGGAAUGGGAAUGAGGGCCCCGGUGAGAAGAUGGGUGUUAAGGUUCCGAGUGAGGUGAGGAGGAGGAAGGAGAGGGAGAUUAUGAAGGCGUUGGAAAGGGAGACGGCGUUGGUUGAGGGGGCGAAGUUGAGGCUUGAGAGGUUGAGUUUGGUGUGAGUUGGUUACUGGGUUUCUUGG